AUGGAUUUGAUGGCUGGCAAUGGAGAGAUUUGGUGCAUUAUCAGAAAUCCAUCUGUAUUGGGAACUUCACAUUCUCUGCCGCUUCCCCUUCCCGUGGUGAGCAAUGCAGCUUCCCUACCAGGAAGUGUCUGCAACUACUCCAGAGUAUCUGCUCCAGCUGGUAGUUCUGCUUGGCUCCUGCCCUCAGCCUCUGGCACCUCAUUCCAACCACCGAUGGGAAGUGGCUAUCUUUACCAACAUUCUAGCACAAUGAUGCUGUCUGGAAUGUCUGGCCAGAGCCACAUAUCCACUUCGGCUGCUUCCUACCCAAAUGUUUUGGAAUGGGAUAUUGCAGGAAGCGCUGUAAAGAAGACUUCCAUGGGAGACUUUACAAUGACUAUCAUUGACCAAGACACUGCUGUCUCUACCAUGUCUAUGGCAGCUCGCUAUGAGAAAAUCUUAGAUACCGACAACGUAGUGUCUGGGUACCCAUCACUUUCUGCCAGUCUUGUGGAGAGGACACUAUCUCAGGUUCCAAAUCAGAGUCAUAGCCUGUCGCUUCCCUACCAGGAAGGAAGCCAGAUGUAUUACUAUCAUCAGGAGACUCAGGGACCUCUCCUUUCUGGACAACCUGGUUCAUGCCUGCAAUCUUAUGGCUCCAUGACAUUCACAGGGGUUAGGGGCUCUGCCCUCCAAACUUACAGCAACUUAUCCCCAGAAAUGGUCAUGGUUUUAAAAAAGGUCCAGCCCCCAAAGAACCGACCACCAGCCUCCACCUCUGGAAUCGACUACUCUGUGUCUGCUCAACCUAUCACAGAAUCGGGUUAUCAAGAAAUCGCUGAUAUCCACCAGCUCCUGGCCUGCAUUGAUCCCAUCAGCCAAGAGCAACAGCCUGGUACUGAAACUACUGGUGAGGGAAAGAAUGGUCUACGUUUGGAGGACCCAGGGCCACUUGAAAUGGGGAUUGAAUCUGGCAGUAGUUUUGUAGACAUCGCGACAGUCGUGGAAGAAAUACAUCUUCCCAAACUCUUUGAUUGCUCAAAAUACCUAGACCAAUGCAAAUAUCUGCAGGUAAUGAACACCACAUACACCAUCACUCUGAAUCAGGUGCAAGAAAAUGCAAGUGGCACUAAGGGUAACUCCCAUCCAACCCAGAAGAACAAAGGUGAGGCCUCGGAGCCUCUUGAGGGAAAACUCAAGGCCAAAAUCCAGCUAAAAGACCCAGAAUCCUUGGUACGGGGAGCAGUGAUUAUUUGUAAUGCUGCAGUCAGUGAGAGGUGUCCAGUGACCAUGGCAAAACAUAACAGCAAACCUCAGAAAGCUGCAUCAAGCAGGAUCAGUGAGACAAAGAACCAUGGGCAGGAGAAGAAAAAAAGGGCCAGAGAAAACUCUAAGAAUAAAGCUGAGGAGAGUAAGCAGCCAUGGAACAAGGUCAGGGCAGAAGAGAAGCACACCAUUGCCAAGAUGAAACGCAAGAAAAGUCAACCUGAGCUUUGCCAAGAGGCCUUUCAAAAGCCCCGCAGCUGCCUAGGCAUGCACAUGCUGGAGACUGUGCAAGUGUUUCAUGCUCUGGGGAAGAAGAGUGAUCCAAAGCCUGGAUUCUCUUCCUCCCGGGUUCUAGGUAGUUCAAAGAAGCCCAGCGACUUCCAGCCAUCCUUAACUGUCAAACCAUGGCUAGGUGCUACACCGGAUGAAAAAGGUCUUGAGAGAACUCAGGUCAAAGCACAGAAACCAAAUAGCAGUGCUGAAGAACGCUCAUCUCCAUCCCAGGAUGAGCUGCCACCUCCUGGGAAGGUCAAAUUGGUCCCUUUGCCUUUUCUAACCAUGGAGAAGCCACAAACUCGGCCUGUUCCUCGGAGACCACAGUUUGUGGCCUCACAUCGUCCUGCUGCAGCUUACCCUGCCAGAUCUGGCUCUACCAAUUUAGCUCUGCCAACUGCCGCCAAUUCAUCCUGGCCAACCAAUGCAUCUUUGCCUGGUCCUGCCAAACCAACUCAGCCCAUUUCGACCACCCCAUCUAGACGAGGUUUACUGAACCCUAGUAGCCGACCUAUUCCUCAGCCUGCAACUUCUAAGCCUGCUAACUACAAGACCACAGUUAGCACUUCUCUCAAGUGGUAGCCCCUUCCCGUCUCUGUGAACAAGCGCCAGUCUCCACCCAAACAUCAGAGUCAGUUUCUCCUCCAAGACUUCCGUUACCAACCAAUUCCGUGGAGAAACCCCAAUUUUCCUGAGCCAGUAAUGUCAAAGCCCAUCACAAGAGAGCAGAGACCAGAGCAUGAGGCUAUGAAAAGGAAGGCUCAGCAGGAGCGUGAGAACGCUGCCAAAUAUACCUCUUUGGGGAAAGUGCAGUUUUUUAUCGAGAUAGAAAAAGAGAUGGACCUCUCUCUAUCCUAUGGCUAUGUAAUGUGA